AUGAUGGUUUGGCGAACGUUCAACGUGCAAACGUUGGGUGAAUAUUCCGAUUUGUACCUGAAAACUGACGUUCUACUAUUGGCGGACAUUUUUCAAAAUUUUCGAUGUAAAUGUCGCUCAACCUACGAUUUGGAUCCUCUGCAUUACUACACGGCUCCGGGGCUUGCUUUUGACGCUAUGCUCAAGUGUACCGGUGUCGAGCUCGAGCUUCUCACUGAACCGGAAAUGAUAUUGUUCGUAGAAAAAGGAAUGCGAGGCGGUGAGGCUCAAUGUUUGAACCGAUACGCUCACGCCAACAACAGGAUCAUAGGCGACGAUUUCGAUCCGAACGAUGAUGAAUCGUAUUUGAUAUAUUUUGACGUGAACAACUUGUACUGUGUAGCUAUGAGCCUGUUUUUGCCGUACGGUUCGUUCGAAUGGAAAAACGACGAGAUCGAUGUGAUGAAUGUAGCGGACGAUUUUUCCGUGGGGUACGUUCUCAAAGUCAAUUUACCGCUGUGCCUGGAACAUUUGACUCCUCCGCAUUGUACAAACUCCAAAUUGAUGACAACGUUGUUUUCGAAAAAAAAGUACGUCAUUCAUUACGUGAAUCUGAAACAGUGCUUGAAAUUGGGCAUGAAACUGACGAAAGUUCAUCGAAUUGUAAAAUUCAAACAAGCUCGGUGGCUGAGAAAGCACAUAGAUUUGAACACGGACCAGCGGAAGCGAUCGACAAACGAUUUUGAGAAAAUUUUUUUCAAACUCAUGAACAACGCCGUGUUCGGCAAAACCAUGGAAAACGUUAGAAAACAGAAAGACGUUAAGUUGGUGACAAAGUGGAAUGGUAGGUACGGGGCGAGAGUUCUCCUUUCAAAACCUAAUUUUCACAGCAGUAUCGUAUUCAACGACAUGGUGAUCGUGGAGAUUAAUCGUUCAAAGAUUGAAUUCAAUAAACCCAUAUACAUAGGAUUUUGCGUACUUGAUCUUUCAAAAACGUACAUCUAUGACUCCCACUACAAUUAUGUUAGGAAUACGUUCGGCGAUAGGGCCAAGUUGAUGUACACCGACACAGACAGUCUCUUGUACCACUUUACUCGAGUGAACAUCUACGAGUACAUCAAACGUGAUUUGACGAGAUUUGAUACCUCCGACUACCCGAGUAACAAUGUUUACGGAAUACCGUUGGUCAAUAAAAAAGUUCCGGGUCUGAUGAAAGAUGAGACCAACGGUAAGCCGAUAACCGAGUUUGUGGAAUUGUGGGCCAAACUCUACGCGUUCAAAACUCUAGGAGAAAAAGAUAAGAAAAAAGCCAAUGGUGUCAAAGGAUCCGCUCUGAAAACUAUAACGUUCGACGACUACAAAGACUGUUUGUUUACGCAUCAAAAUUUGAAGAAAUGUCAAUAUCCAAUCAGGAGCAAAAAACACGAGGUGUGCACGAUUCCUCAGAACAAAUUGAUGUUGAGUUGGUUAGACGAUAAGCGAAUUAUCGUAACCGAUACCACCGAUACUGUGCCGUGAAGUUAUAACAAAUACAGAAACUCGCAAU